AUUGUCAGAGUUGGCAAUGUGCGAAAAAAAGGGUGAAUAUUUGAUGAAGCAAAACAAUCCAGUGAGAAAGUAAUGAAAGUAAGUGCAUGUAAUUUCAGUCUGUGCAUAUUAUUAAUAUAAGUUGCAGUCCUCUCGCGAAGUGCGUCCAUGCUUUUCUCAUCGUCCGCUUUAGUUUUGUUAUUUAACUGUCGAUGGUUUCCCCUGCUCGUCUUGUUUUCGCGGGUUCGCCCUCAACCCCUCAGAUUUCCCUUUAAUUUUAAGUUUAGCGAUACUUAAAGUUUGCGCUGAAACUUCUGCUGAACUUUACGGACGCACGACAGCUGCAAGCUCUUCCUCCCCUGAACAGCAACAACAAACUGUAGUCUAGUCUGUCAGCUGUAGUCAGGCCAUCCGUCCACAGCUGCUGACCCCGGUGGGAAAAGAUACGUGCAGGUCGCUGUUGUCUUCUUUAGGAUCAUUUGUCCACUGCGCACAGAGAGGUGAUUGUCCCCUCGGUCUGCAGCUGAAUACCUCCUAUGUAGAUGACAAUGGAUGUGGAACUCGAUGGAUUAUUUCGCCAGAAUGGCACCUAUGACUACGACGAGUAUGAGUAUAAAGAGGAAUUUGAGUCAAGAGCCGGUAAAGCGGUGUUUAUCCCGGUUCUGUACUCCUUGGAGCUGGUCGUAGGUUUGCUGGGAAAUGGACUACUCCUGGCUGUGCUGGCUCAAAAGAGGCGAUCCUGGAGUAUAUCCGACAUCUUCAUCCUCCACCUGAGUGUUGCUGACAUUCUGCUGCUAGCGACGCUGCCCUUCUGGGCUGCACAGGCCACUCAACAAUGUGGAUGGUGCUUUUGGGGUUUUCUCUGCAAGAUCUGUGGAGCUGUUUUUAAUAUCAAUUUUUACUGUGGGAUCUUUCUGCUGGUUUGCAUCAGUCUGGAUCGCUACUUGUCCAUCGUCCACGCCACCCAGCUUUACUCCCAGAAGAAGCCCAGGUUAGCUCAUAUCAGCUGCCUGUCAGUCUGGCUCGUCUGCCUGAUCCUCACCAUCCCUCACUAUAUUUUCCUGGUGGCGAGGAAAGAUCCGGCGCAAGAAUGUGUUCACAGCUACACUCAGUCAGUAACUGACUGGAAGCUUGUGUCACGCCUGCUCCACCACACGCUGGGCUUCCUGCUGCCUGCUCUCGCCCUGAUCAUCUGCUGCUCCUGUAGUCUGCUGCAGCUGAAGCGAAGCUCUGAAGGCCUCCAGAAGCAGAGAGCUUUCAUGGUCAUCCUGCUCCUGGUAGUGGUCUUCUUUCUCUGCUGGAUGCCAUACAACAUCACACUCAUUGUGGACACAUUCAGCAACAGCUCUAAUAAUCCCGAUAAUGGUUUCUCUGGAAUUCCUCAACAUUCCCUGAAAAAAGCUCUGAUGGUCACAUUUGGUCUGGGCUGCAUGCACGCCUGCCUCCGGCCUCUGCUUUAUCUCGGCCUGUGUGGAAACUUUAGGAAACGGACACUGGCCAUGUUGAAACGUACUACAGUUGAAUCUGAGUGCUCACUGUGGGAGUUGGGUGUGGGCGAGGAGGCCCCGCCUGACCAGAAUCACGAGGAGGAAGAGCUGAGAACGAUCACAAGUGUGGAUCAUCAGGUGCAGUCAAGUCAGUGUUGAAUAAUGGACAAAACUGCAAUCCUCAGACUUAGAUGGGAGCUGAAUAGUGCUCCUCCCCAUAGGGGUGUUUAGUGUAAGGUUGUGUCAUGGGUUCAAAGAAUGUAGGAGUUUAUGAUGAGGUCAUGAUUAGAAAUAGAUAUUUAUAAAAAAUGACUCAUUCACAUUGCACUUUAAUGUGAAUGUUUCAUGGUUAAAUAUACUGGGGUAUUUUUAUUUUGUAAUCACUGCUGCCCAACUUUAGCUUGUCACCCUAAAUCAUGAGUUAAUUAAAUUGUAGAUAUAUGUUAUUUAUAUUUGUAUUGUAUAAUAAUGUUAUUAUUGUCAUUAUGAAAGCGAAGUAUUUUGUGUAUA